GUGCGUGCGCGCGCACGCGUUCUGUGUGUCCCGAGCAACUGCUCUAAGCUAAGCGUCGGCUUCCCUAGCGACGGACCAGAGUAGUUGUGUUUGCCGAGGUCUUGGGAGAGACUCUCCUCUGGGGGCUUGUGAGGCUAAAUUUGAGGAAGAGCCAAGUCGAUCAACAUGGCAAAGGGGAGAGGGAAGCAGAGAGGCAGAGGAAAAAGAAGCAAAGAUAAAGACAAGAAAAUGACAAAAAGGGAGGAAACAGAAUUGGAAAGAGCCCUCGCUAAUGCUUCCCUUUGGGAGGCCAAACUGGAAGUCUCAGAAAUAUCCCGAGAUGGAUAUCGUGAGGCUGUUCGGAUAUUGGCACAAUGUAAUGAAGACUUGAAGAAGCAGCAGUACAAAACAGAGAAAGAUACAAUGGCUGUAUUAAGCUACAUUAAAAGACAAGAUUCAGAAAAAGAUCUUAUUAUUGAAAAACUGAAACAACAGUUAAUAGAGGCAAAAGACACAUCUGAUAUCGAGAAGGAAAUUCUGCAAGAACACUACUCUUAUAAAAUUAAUGAGUUGGAGGGGCAAUACAAUCAGAAAACUAAAGAAAUUGGCUUAAUUCAGAUAGAAAUGAAAACAAUAAAGCAGUUCCAAAGGAGGAAAACUCAAAUAGAAAGAGAAUUGGAAGAGCUAAAGGAUACUUUAAGAAAUUCAGAGAAGAAGCAUCAAGAUGUUCUUCGAAGGUUGGAAGGCAGAUUUUUUGAAGAAAAGUGUCGACUAGAGAAAGAAGCUGAGAAGAAGGUAGUCAUGCUGGCAGAGAGAGCCCACCAAGAGGCUGUUGUUCAGUUGGACAAUGCUGGGAGAGCUGUAUUUAAAGAGAAUGUUCGUCUCCAGAAGGCUCUUGCUUUCCAUAUGAAAGAAGCCAACGAUCUGCAGAUGACCUCAAAAAAGUUGCAAGAUAACCAGACUUUGCUCCUACAACAGAAGGAAACCAAUGAGUUGUUGAUUAGGGAAAAGAUCAUGCAAGUUACUCAGCAGAAAGACCAGAUCGAGUGUCUCCAGAAGAAAGUGAAAAAACUGGAGACAGCCCUGGGACACAUGGCUACUGAGUUUGAGACCGAAAUUAAAAAAAUUCAGGAGCAUGCAUUUAUAGAGAAUCAGGCAGGCCAGGUGGAAAUUAACAAGCUGGAACAAGUCCUUCAGAUGAAGGACAAAGAGAUGAAUCGAGUGAAGAAGUUGGCCAAGAACAUCUUGGAUGAGCGAACAGAAGUGGAGAGGUUCUUCCUUGAUGCUCUAUAUCAAGUGAAGCAACAAAUAAAUCUUAGCAGGAAGGAAUACAAAGAGAUGGCACAAGCAGCUUUUAAUUUUAAAAUGAGAGAGGCUUUUGCAGGAAGAACAGAGUAUCCCAAAAUCCGGACAUUUGAUGGCAGAAUCCACAGCACCAAUAGUGUAAACCAAGAUCUUAGGCAGGCAGAAAAAUGGACAAACAUUAAAAAAGGAAUGGAUGUGGAUAUUGGAGACUUGACAUGGGAACAGAAGGAAAAAGUUUUGAGAUUACUCUUUGCAAAAAUGAAUGGCAGUCUUCUAGGGAAAAAGAAAACACUAUCUGUCCCUUCAGUUCCACGCUAUGUUACUCUCAACACUAGAAAAAAAGACACCUUGGGGGAUGAUUAUAAUAUCAAGGAUCAGACCUUCAUCACUCAGCAAGUUCCGCUCACAGGAUCUAGUGACGUUGUCCUUCCUACUAUUUCAAAAAGACCAGAUCAUAGUAUAUCAUAAAUCUGAUCAAUUUCAUAUCCUUUUAAUCUUUCCCAGUGAAAGCACUCACUAACACACAUUCCUCCUUUUUCUAGACGAGGAGUUCUUAAGGAUCUAUCCUGAUAAAUAGCUCAAUUAUGGGAGCAGGGAAAUUUUUAAAGUAUAGCCACAUUGAAAAAGAAACAUUGUGUUUAGUGUAAGAUGAAUUAUGCUUCCCUUAGUGUGACAUGUAAUUAUGGCUUGGCUGUUUAUUUUAAAAGACAAAUAUACACAUCCCUAUGAGCUAGUGCCCGUAAACUACACUUGGUUCAAUUAGUGUAAUCUCAAGAAUCCCUGAAACUAUUUAAUUUCAUAUGAAAUUCAUAUGAUGACUUUCUAUUAUUACCCAGGGUAUGACUUGGAAUGAAACAUGAACACAUUACACAUAGAUAUAAAUUCACAUACAUUAUGGGUUGUCAUAUACACAACCUAGAUUUAACAUAUAUUGCCCAUCAAACCAUAUGAUUUUAUAAAAGGAUAAAAUAAGGGGAAGUCUGCCUUUCCAAAUAUAGAUCUUCAUUAUCCUUAUUAAAAGUUAGCACUUUAGAAGAGAUAUUCUUAUUGUGACAUUUUUUUUUUUUUUAAAUUAAAACUCUUAUCUAAUUUGGUCUAACAUUCCAUUUGGUUUGAGGUUAGCAAUAAGUUUACUACAAAUAUGAUACUUGGCAUUUUAAAGUAUCUGACAAUGUUUUAAUUUACUACAUAAAUAAGUUUGGUCAAGACAAUUUAACUAGAGAAAUAUGUAAGUUUCUUAUCUUUAAAUGAGAAGAUAAGACCACAUUAUCUUUAAGGGAUGAAUACCAGAGCUUGUUGUUUUGGGCUCAGAAACUGAUACAACAUAUUAAAAGUAUAUGAAAGAUAUUUGGAAUCACCAAAAAUGAGAAAUUAUCUACUCAAAAUCAUUAUCUUAAAUUUUAGUUCCAUAUGACCAAUACAGCUUGCAAUUAAAAUGAAGGAAAGCUAGGCAUAAGGUCACUUGAAACAAGGCAUAAAGUUCAUAUUGCUGGCAUGAUAACACAGUACAGGUUUUAUGGUAUUUUUGUCAUGAAAAAAAUUGAAAUUUCUCUUCUACCAAGAGAUUUCUAUAAAGGAAUUGUCCUCUAAUAAAAAGACAUAAUUGAAAAAUGCAGGGAGGACAUUAGAGCAUAUACAUGACAGACAAGCUAAAGAGUCCUUCCAUAUAAGAAAUAUGACAAAAAUUGUUUGCUGUAAGAUUCCUUUCCCACUUCACUGUAAGAUCUCUUCACUUCUAAGAAUGACAAAACUCCUGGAAUAAUAUGUUGAACUAGUCCUCUGUUAUGUGUGUGGUCACCCUUCUAAACAAAA